GCGCCGGGCGGACACGGGGACACACGGGGGAAGGUGGCCGUGCUGAGGCGGGGCGCUGCGCGGCAGUGGAGCCGUGCGAGGAGCCCCGUUCCGGGAGGGAGCAGCGGCAGACGGGCGGUUGCCAGGCUCGGUUCCCAGGCUGAGGAAAGGCGGUGCCGUGCGGGCCUGGGGAAGAUGACCACUCUCACACGGCAGGACCUUAACUUUGGGCAAGUUGUUGCAGAUGUUCUUUCAGAAUUCCUGGAAGUGGCUGUUCACCUCAUCUUGUAUGUCAGAGAAGUUUACCCUAUUGGGAUCUUUCAGAAGAGGAAAAAAUACAAUGUACCUGUCCAGAUGUCCUGCCACCCAGAGCUGAACCAGUACAUCCAGGACACGCUGCACUGUGUGAAGCCUCUGCUGGAGAAGAACGAUGUGGAGAAAGUCGUGGUUGUAAUUCUGGAUAAAGAGCACCACCCCGUGGAGAGAUUUGUCUUUGAGAUCACCCAGCCCCCCCUUCUUUCCAUUAGUUCUGAGUCCCUGCUGUCCCACGUGGAGCAGUUACUGCGUGCCUUCAUCCUGAAAAUCAGCGUGUGUGAUGCUGUGCUGGACAACAACCCCCCAGGUUGCACCUUCACAGUUCUGGUUCACACACGGGAGGCGGCCACACGCAACAUGGAAAAGAUCCAGGUGAUAAAGGAUUUCCCCUGGAUCCUCGCUGACGAGCAGGACGUGCACAUGCACGACCCCCGGCUCAUUCCCCUGAAAACCAUGACAUCUGACAUCCUAAAGAUGCAGCUCUACGUAGAAGAGCGAGCUCACAAAGGCACCUGAUUUCAAAUCUUCCUUGCCUUCAAGCUUCAUCUGAUCUUCCAGUGGAGUAAGAUCUGUCACAAACUGUAUCUUGAUAACCAUCUCUUCAGCUGGCCUUCUGGGUGAAUGUAGAGCAGCUGCUGCCUCUUUAUUUCAAGUGCUCUUACCACUGUAUAAAGAACUGACUUGGAAUGGGGAGCCAGAGCCUGUUCCCAUCUUGACUUGUGUGAGAGCACAGGUGUUGAUGCAGUGCAUCCCUGGGGAGUCAGUGCUUUAUUACCAGUCCAGUUCUCACCUGGAAAGGGCAGCUCCAUUGCACACAGGCAGUGACAGACAGCUAGGAGCUGUCACACAGUCCAUGAGAGCAACACUUGUGCUAAGGGGGAGUGAGGCCUUAUGUAGUGUCUGUCCACUGUGACCAUCCCAAGCAGUCUUCAAUAAAUACCAAGUUUUACCCCAGUUGAACUGGGCUGAGUUCUGUCAAAACCAGGCUCCCUUCUUCAGCAAAGAAGUAUUUUUAUUUUCUUUUCUGGCCUGUAUGUGGACUCUCAGUUCCUACGAAAGGCUGUACAACCUUGGUCUCUCCCCUUUCACUCAGAGUUGCCAUUAACAAUGUGGAAUUUGUCUGUCCAGCAAGGACACCUGCCAAGUAUCCUACUCCUAACUGAGAAUAAGCAAGGAAAGCACUAAUAAUCCUACAGCUGUCAGAGGAGAUAGAACAUGGCCGUAACAUCAGCUCUGGGUAUAUAAGGGUGGGAGACACAGUUCAGACAAGCUGAGCUUGUUUGUCAGAGAAUUUGGUACACUAGCCUGUCCAGCACCUCCUGCUUCCUCCAAGGAACAAGUGUAGGAACAUUAUAGAUCAAGUCUGGGCACUGCUUUAACAUUUUAUAUUGGGUUACACUGCUCAGUAUAAACCAAAGGUGAUGUGGGAAAAGCCCAGCACAAUCAAAAGGCACUUGUGUUGUUAGGCAGCUGCCUGAAGGGACUUCUUACCUCCUCUUUCCCUACCUGUUUAUUCAAACACCAAGGGACUGUUUUGGAUCGUUUUGAUCAUACACACUUAGAGAAAGGGUAAGGAAUUCACUACCAGUGACACAGCACUUAGGGACAAGGGGUGACAGUUUCCUGAUGCUAUGAAAGGUCUGAUGCAGAUCAUAAAUCUGAAACAGGAAAGAAAAUACCAUACAAGCUGUGGCAGAGUCCUUGUAGAUACCAUUUAUAAUCUGAAAUUAAGCAUUUUAGCCUUAUCUUUCCUAUAUUCCAUAAACAUGAAAGUGUCUUUAAGUCUCUGUGUGUUAGCAUAAUAAUGUAUUAACUAGAAAAGAUAGAUCUCAUAUUUAAUUGUCCCAGUUUUUCUCUGGAAGGGCACCAGUAACUGGAGUAGCAUCCAUGGUAGAAGAAUAUGGAAGAUGAAGACAGAACACCCUCCCAAAAGGCUGG